CAUAUGGGGUAUUCUACCAUGAUCUAGGUCCUUUCUAAGGCGUCAAGCUGGUAAGCGGUAAGCAGCCUUUCACUGUACGCGGCAUCCACCGCUCUUUCCUCAUACGGAAACUGAAGUGUACUCUCACUCUCCCACACCGCCGCUCUCUGGCUGCCUCUAUAUAGACCCACUAUUCCUUCCUCUUCUUCUCUCCCCCAACUUCCUCCUCUUUCCAACCACAACCACACACCACAGACAACCACACUCUACAGACAACCUUUCAAGGCGUACUCGCCCAAUAACAAACACAUCCACCACUCAAUCAUGCGCGUCAUCGCUCUCCUCGCUCUUGCAGCUAGCGCGGUCGCCGUAGCGGUGCCGGUCGAGCAAGCUCACUCCACUGUCGCCACGGCCCUCGACGCUGCGAGCACUCAUGCCGUCGACCUCAUCUCCACCGAGCUGGCCAAGCUGUCGCGCGACUACCCCCAGUCAAACGCCAUCACCAACAUCGACAACCUCGACUCUACCCAACUCCCGCCCAAUCCCGACUCUUCCUCCAUCGAGCAGCUCGCCCACGCCAACGACGAACCCGUCUGCGGCACCGCCUUCUCCAUGAUUCAAAACAAGUGGCUCUCCCUCCCCAUGCACAAGGGUUAUACCUGCCACAACGUCAUGAUGAAGAUCACCAUGUACUACAACACCGACUGUGGCGUUUGCCGGUGGUGGUCGUAAGUACUCCAUUCGCAACUGGUUCUGUAGGGAGUGAACACAAAGCUAACUCGGAGACAGGAACUUCAAUUGCGAGGGUGAAGUCACGGCGAGUGCGCACGGCGGAGGAUUACAUUCGAU